UUUUCUAUUUACUUAUUAAUUCUAUGAUUGACCUGUAAUUAUGGCAAGCAAUUCGGGUUUAGGUUUUUCUUCGAUAAAUAAAUAUAAAAUAUCUAGACGAGGAAGGAAACUGCAGGCAACCGAUGAUCAGAGGACGUUGAUGGCCCUGCCUAAAGACGUGCCUGAAAGGACAUGGGCCGAAAUUCUUCAAAGAGAGGAAGAAGAGCUGUUUAUAUUGGAGCUCCGGGAAGACAUAAUAGAAGAUGCUAUGGCAGUUGUAUAUGAACGUUAUAUGGAGAAACAAAACGCGCUAUUUACCGUGCAUUGCGCCGCAGAGGCUUGGCUUAAACUCAUUGACUGGCAUUUCUAUCGGCAUGACCCCGGCGAGGACCCGAGCGCGUAUCCGCCCUGCUUCAUCCCGAAGCGGGCGGAGUCGUGGGCGGCGGACGAGAUGCCAGCGCCCUCGCCCAAGGACACCUGGUGCCACCGCGACCUAAACGUGGUGGAACACGCCACUGACGAGAUGCCGGUCAAGAGCCCCAGCGCCACCUCCUUGGACCUGCCUGUCGUAGAUGAGAUUCCCUCGCAAUACUGGUUCCCUGGAAAAGUAAAUAUGCCGGACUUCGUGCGCCGUAAACGUAACGUGUCAGAGUCUAUCGCGGGUGAAGGCUCGUCCAGCUCGCCAAUCUCGGAGGAAGACCAGCUCGCUGCGGAGAGCGAGGUGCUGCAGAAGAUCACUGAUUACAGCACCGAGGAGCUGUCUACUAAGGUAUCUGGGUUCAGUGCCCUAAAGACCACGACUCCGGUGGAGCUGGACGGUUCGUUGCGCGGCGCCGGUGACUCCUCCGUGGACAAGGUGCGGCCCAAGCUGCGCCGCCAAUCCGACAAGAACAAGUCCUUCACCAGACCAAGCAUGGCGAGCAGAUCGCGCGGCAAUCUCCCGCCCCUGGAGCUGGACUCCCGUUCCCGCGUCACCAUCAUCUCGGAUUGCCGGCUGCGGAACUUGCGACUGGACACACAGUACGAAGUUUCUUCAGAGAAGAUAGACACACCCCCAGGCGAGGCUGUCAAGAGAAAAUGAUCGCCAUCUUAUAUAAGUUUUAUUUAGAGGUACGCAAGUACCUAAUUCAGUUUGGUUUUGUCAUUGUUCGCCCUUUGGGACGAAGAAGAGGGUUGACAUUAAAAUGAGCUUGAUAGCAAACGGCGCAACAAUAACCGACUAAGUUCUCUAAUUAUAUUUAGAUUCCUAAGAAAUGAAAGCGAAAGGAAAGCAAACUCGAAUCAAGUUAUGAUGAAUGUUUCCCCCAUUGUAUUUAUAGACAAUGAAAUUAAAUGUGCCAA